AUGGCACCACAGUUGAAGGCCGGUGCUCCCAAUCUGUCUCCGCCCUCGCCGCAGCUGGGCAGCAACACCCCUCCUCCUCGCCCGGAGUCCAAUGUCGAUGAUCUGGCGGUGUGUGCGAGCUCGGGCGAUUUUGUCACACCCAAGAGGAGGAACAUGAGGAACAGCAAGGACCACGAGAGUAUUGGCAGCGCACUGAGGAAAAUGGUCAUGCAGCACCAAUUGGGACUCCCCCUCAACUUCAUAGUACUGCUGGCAAUGAGCCACAUGCUGUUUCCAUCUCUGCGCGACAGGACAAGAGCUUGCUUUAUACUCUCCUACCCUACAGCAGUGGAGGGGCAGUACAGCCAGGGGCCAUUGGAUCUGUACCUGGUGGGCAGCUGCAUCGUCUAUUUCACUGCCUUCAGAGCCUUCAUGCUCGAUUAUGUGCUUCUUCCUCUGGCUGGGAAAUGUGGAAUUGGCAAGCGGAAAGGCAAAGUCCGGUUUGCGGAGCAGGCGUACCUGUUAACCUACUACACCAUUUUCUGGUCAUGGGGCGUGUAUGUGUUCUGGCAAGACACUCCGUCUGACGCCAAGAAUUUGAAAGAUGUGUUGGCCUCCAUGUGGACGGAAUACCCGCGAUUGACCAUACCGACCGGCAUCAAGCUGUACUAUCUUUCUCAGCUUGCUUUCUGGAUACAGCAGAUCCUUGUGAUCCAUCUUGAAGAGCGACGGAAAGACCAUUACCAGAUGCUGAUGCAUCACUUCGUCACCGUUGGGCUGAUGAUGAGCAGUUACUCCUGCAGGUUGUGGCGGGUAGGCAAUGCGAUCCUGGUUCUGAUGGACAUUGUGGACUUGGUCUUCCCACUUGCCAAGAUCUUUCGCUAUGUGGGAUGGCAAACGGCCUGCGACGCCAUGUUCGGCGUAUUUGUGAUUACCUGGAUCUCUGCACGACACGUCGGAUAUCUGGCGGUCUGUUGGAGUAUCUACGAGCAUAUCAACGGCGUCAACAUGCGUUAUGGCACAUUCUCGCUUGCAACCGGAAAAUUGAUUUCGACGGAUGGAGGCAAUGAAGUCUUUGCCAACGUCUUUCAACCGAUACUGCGGCCAGACGCAAAGACAGUCGGCCUGAAUGCCUACAUGAAAUAUGGCUUUCUCGGCCUGCUUCUGUCGCUACAAAUCAUCACACUGGUCUGGCUGGUCAUGAUCUUGAGAGUCGUCGUGCGUGUCCUACGCGGUCAAGGCGCCGAUGACACUCGCAGCGACGAUGAGGGCGGCGAGGAAGCCGAAGACGAAGUUCCUGGGCCUAUUCCUGCGCAAGCAGACGCUGAGAAGCCGCGCUUCAUUGAGGUCGAGACGAGCUCGGACGAGGUCACUUGGCCGACUCGCAAUGCCAGGCACAGCAGCAGCAAUAUGGGUCGUCGGAAAGCCAAGGGUAUCUCAAGCGGCUUGAAUCUCGGCGAGCACAAGGAAAUUCUUAAUCGGAUCGGUUGUCUUAGCGAGGAGCAGCUUGCCCGGGAGAGGGAAAAGAGGGAGGGAAGCACGACACCGCAGCCACCCAACGAUGCCAAGAGAUAG